UCGUCUCCGCGCGCGAGGAGCCUAGGGGCGCAAAGCGCCGGGACACGGAAGGAGAGGCCACCCGGACAGAAGAAGCAGCAGGUGGUGGGCAGGCAGCAGCUGGAGCAGAAGGUGACUGACUCACUCAGCAGAGACCACCCUGGCCGCUGUGGAUUCAGUAGACUAUGGAUGGGCCUGGCCAGGGGUCUUCAACUGGGUUCCCAUGACGAGGAAGUAAAGCUCAAUCUGGUGUUCACAUCCCAGCCUGUGCCUACAAGGCUGCUGAGAACUUGGUUCUCUUCAGUCAGACUCCACCCCUGCCAUGGGCACGCCAGGAGUGUCCCCAGAGCCCAGAAGCCUAACCAACAGCUCCCAUCUUCAGCGACUCUAGAUUUGAGCCAGACUAAGUUUCUGGUCUCAAAAAGCCUCUGUGGACUUGUGUCACCCCACACACACACACCCCGCAACACCCCCAGUGGACACAGCACCAAUAGAAGGAUCAAGGAUGUGGAACUGCAACGAAUCUUCUCCCACGUUUCUGUUUCUACGAAGGAGUCACUGUGCACCAAGGAACCUCAAGACUGUGCCUCCUGGGACAGACAGUCCCAUCCUGCCACCAUCAUGCUAUGCAGUUCCAAGAACAGCCAGGCUUCCUUGGUGUCCAAGGAACACCAGAUGUUUAUGGAGGAGGCCUACAAUUCAGCCAUCUGCUUCAAGAUGCUCCAGGACAUAGCCACCUCAGACCCUCUCCAACUCAAGUACAUCACCAAGAAGAUGAAGAAGAUGGCUCAGAGGACCGCCAACCUGGUGAUGGAAACCUUCCAUGACUACUUCAAAGACAAUCCAGAGAUCUCCAGCCGGCACAGAUUCCGACUCUUCCAGGUCCUGCAGGCGGUCAUUGGAGCCCUUGAUGUCUUGGAGGAGGUAUGGCAGAGGAACUUUAUGCAGCUGGCCCUGGAGCACAUGACCAAGUCCACGGAACUAGAUGACAUAUACCAGGAUGCAGCCAGCAAUGUGUUACUGGCCCUCUGUCGGCAUUCGUGGCCGGCAGUGGCCAAGCAUUUGGAAACAGAGCUCCUGACGGGUGUCUUCCCACACCGCAGUCUGUUGUACGUGAUGGGCGUCCUGUCCUCCCAAGAGGAGCUUCUCAAGAAAGAAGACAGAGAGAGCUGGAAAGAUCUACUGUCCCAGAUGGCCAGAAAGUCAGUGCCGUUCCUGAACACAGAUGUGUGGUCCAAGGAAUUGCUGUGGAGCCUUACCAAGUCUAGCCGGACACAGCAAGAGCACACGCCAGAGAAGGCCUUCCUGUUCACCUACUAUGGGCUAAUCCUUCAAGCUGAGGAGGACAGCAGCACCAUCAGGACACACCUCAAAACCCUCUUGGAAACAUCUCACCAGUGGCCUAAGCAAAGGGAGGGCAUUGCUCUCACAGUGGGGCUGGUUGCAGUACGCCACUUGGAUGAUGCCUGGGCCAUCCUAGAACAGUUUGGAAGGAGCACUCCCAUCAAGUGGAGCCUGCAGAACUUUUCUCUGAAGAACCUCGAGGAUCUUCGGUGGAAAUGGGCUGGCAGCACCAUCCUCCUCUCCUACGGCCAGAUGGCAGCCAAGGCCAAGAGCCACAUCCUGCCAUGGGUGGACAACAUCUUGUCCAGGAUGAUCUUCUACUUCCGCUUCAGCUCCUGGGAUGAGACCCUGAAACAAAGCUUCCUUACGGCCAUCAUGAUGCUGGUGGGGGCCAUCAGCCGGAGUGAAGGUGCCCACAGCUACGAGUUCUCCCAGACUAGCGAGCUCCUGGAAUGCCUGACGACACUAAUAGAGAAAGAGCCGCCAGACACACUACUCACCAGCAUCCGCCAGCAGGCCGUCCACAUUGUCGCCAGCCUUUGUGCCCUGAGGCCACCCAUGGAUGUGGACAGGAAGUCCCGGCUCCUCUCCGUCUGCUUCCGCAGCAUCUUUGCCCUGCCACUCCUGGAUGCCCUGGAAAAGCACACCUGUCUCUUCCUGGAACCACCCAACAUCCAGGAAAUGCAACCAAGGACUGAGUGUCAGCGCUGGGAGCCAGUAGCAUUGAUCCUGCUCCUGUCUGUUCCCACUCCAUCUGUCUCCUGCCCUGCCACAUGGGACUGGCUGCCUGUCACCCCUGUGGAGGAACAUUGGCCUAAGAAAGGAUUAUACAGCCAGACCAUGGAGGCGAUGGACCACAUGCUACAGUGUUUCAUGAUGCAGAACCCCACAGCCAAUGAGCUGUACUUCCUGUUGUCGCACCUGUAUGUCUGGCUGGCAUCAGAGAAGGCUCAUGAGAGACAACGGGCUGUGCACAGAUGCAUGAUACUCUUCAAAUUCCUGAACUGUAAACGCUGCCUCGAAACCAAGGAGAAUUUCAGGAGGAUGGGACAGCUGGUGGCCAUGCUGGGGAUCCUGUGCCAGGACUCGGACAGGACCAUCCAGUGCUUGAGUCUAGAAGCUAUGGGCCAUCUCUAUCAGCUUCUGAUGCAGCAGAAAGCAGAAGUUCCAGAGAUGGAGAGGAAGACCCCUCAGGAACUCCCUCCGCCUGAUGCAGCUGGAGCUGCCCUCUGGAGCAGUGGAGACCAAAGGGGCACUCUUCUGAUCCCCCAGGAUAUGGCAUCCAAAAAUGACAGCAUCUUCUUCAUGAGCAGCAACCAAGCUACCAAGGAGAUCAUGAGUCAUCUUGCAGUGACAGAGCUGACUGACCUCAUCUGGACAGCCAUCGAUGGCUUGGGCUCUACCAGCACUCCCUGGGUGCAGGCGGCUGCCGAUUUGCUUUCCCUUGUCAUCCAGGAGCAUGGGGACAACCUGGCAACUGUUGGUAAAAUGGGCCAGGCCAUCCACCACCACCUCUGUGCCAUCCAAAUGCCCCAAGCCAAGGAAAGUGCCCUGCAUGUCAUCACCCUACUGGCCCGGAACCACAUCCCAGAGCUGGUGGCUGCCUUCCUAGACUUUUCCACUCCCCUGGACAGCCAUUCCUUUCGCCUGUGGAGGGCCCUAGGAGCUGAAGAGCCUGCCAGCCAUUUGGUUCUGACUGUGCUGAUGGCAUGGAUGCAGAAGAGGCCUCUGCCAACUAGUGCCAGCAAAGACGACGGCAGUUCCUAUCCCGUGGAGAAGCCUCAUUUGCGUUCAUUGGCUGCCAUGAACACAAUUCACGAGCUACAGUUCGCAAGAGAAUUCAAGAAAGCCGUGCGGGACACCUUUCCCCAGCUCUUCCUGGCCCUCCUGGCCCAGAUGCACUAUAUCAUGGAACUGAACCAACCCACAGAACCUGAGCAGGAGCAGAAAGCCCAGGAAUCAGCCACGCCAAGCCCCCAGAGCACAUCACUGGAGGCACUGAAGAGUCUGCUGUCCACUACAGGACACUGGCAUGACUUUGCUCACCUGGAACUGCAGAGUGCCUGGGAACACUUCACCUCCAUCCACACCUACCCGCAGGCCGUGGGCCUCCUUGCCAGGGCCAUGGUGCAGAAUCACUGCAAAGAGAUCAAGGCCAUUGUCAGCUACCUGUUGCCCAGCCUACAGAGCCAGCAGGAGCGAGAAAGGAAGACAGCCAUCUUGGUCCUCAUUGAGUUCCUCUACAGCCCUGCCCUGUUGGAGGUGCUUUCUAAACAGGCCGCCCUGACUGUACUGGCUCAAAGCCUCCAGGACACUUGCUCUGAGAUCCGUGUGGCCAGUCUGCAGGGCCUUGGAAACAUCCUCUUCCACACGGAGAAGGGAACCCUGCUCAGAGGUCAACUGCCAGCCUUCCUCAAUGGCUUCUUCCAGAACAAUGAGGCAGUGGUUGUAGGCAUCAUGGGCUUGGUAUCGGAUAUACUGCACCGCCUGGGUACAGAGGGCGCAGGCGCCCAGAGUCUCAGCAUCGCGAUCAACGCCCGCUACUUCUUUGAUGACGAGCGGGACAAUAUUCGAGCAGCAGCCAUGGCUCUGUUUGGGGACCUGGUGGCGACCAUGACCGACAGAGAGCUGAGUGGCCUGCGCUCCCAGGUGUGCCAGAGCAUGGUACCUCUGCUCCUCUAUCUGAAGGACCAGUGCCCAGCAGUUGUCACACAGGCCAAAUUCGCUUUCUACCGCUGUGCCGUAUUGCUCCGCUGGCAGCCGCGGCAUACCCUGUUCUGCUCACUGGCCUGGGAGACUGGCCUCAGUGCCCGCCACUUCCUCUGGACCUGCCUGAUGACCCACAGCGAGAAGGAGUUCAGCAUCCAUUUGUCCCAGGCCAUCAACUACCUGCACAGCCAUCACCGCCACAUCAAGACCUGGGCAGCUCUCUUUAUAGGGUACACUACCUGCUACCAACCCCAGGCCGUGACACAGAUGGUGACUGAGAUGGAUGCCAAGCUGCUCUUCUCCACUUUUAAAGAUCUCAAAAAAGACCCAGAACCUGCCAUCCGGGAAUUUGCCACCAGACAGCUCGAGUUCCUUCGAGAGGUGUCAGCCAGAUCCAAGAAGUGACUUCGAGCCAUCCUCCCCCAUCUCUACCCCCAGAACAGCCCUGCCCCAACCCUGUCCACAAAGCUUGGUUGUGUAACAUUUUUCCAUUUGAA